AUGAUAAGGUUCCUGUUAAGCAACCAACGUUCGGCUGCUGUUUCACCAACCCGAAGCUACUUCAGAACGAAUGCACGUUCCGAAUAUAGAAUUUCGAACGGACCGUCCUCCGACUAUAAAGUGACGUCAAUGCACGAAAAAAGUGGUCCAGGCAAAUUGACAGAUUUCGUGCCAGAAAGUGAGCGAACCACUGCGAAGACGACGGAAGAGGAGAAAAGAGAAUUCUCCUAUCGUCGCCCUUCUGAAGAAGAACCGCGUCUGAUACGUAAUUACGACCUGCCACCAGCUGCGCCAACAACCACUAGAGUUACACCCAUUCCUGUGACAGAGGUGGUCGAAAAGGAUGCCAUUCGGGACAGAAAAAGGCGGGGCUUGAUUUCACUGCCGAUUGUCUCAUUCUGA